AUGGAAAAUGGUCAGAAGCAGCUAUAUUUCCAAAAUGACGGGGGUGUACCAGAGGAAAAUAUUGAUUUUCUAUUGAACACCAGAAAUGAUGACAAGGGACAUAAUGCUGAGGACAUUGAUCUUGAAUUUAAUAGUUUUGCAUUGGAAUAUAAUUUGAUGUCUAAUGUGAGCACCCGAAAGUUUCACAAAAAGACUCAAGGAAAGUCAUCAAAGACACACACAUCUAAGCCAAUAAAUCACAUGAACAGCAGUAAUAACAGCUCUCUUAAGGAUAUAUUUGAUGAUUUGGAUAUCGACAUAGAUGAUAAUGAUGAGGAUGAUUUUAAUGAGAACGAUAUGGAUGACAGAGGCAGACCUAAAGCUGAAACCAAGGCUUCAAAGCCAAUUUCAAAAAAACCAAAAAAAAGACACUCGCAACAACCAAAGUUAACCCCCACUUCGAAUGAGCCCAAAAAUAAUGGCAAAAAUCGUCACAAGCCAAGAAGAGACUUUGAUAUUGCUAAAUUCAUAGACGAUAAGUUGAACGAGUCAAGUGAUGCCGAGGAUUGUCACAGUCAUGUUCGAAUUAAAACUGUACCUAAAUUAAAGGUGGACGAUGAUAUGCCUAGUGGCGCUGUGUUGACUCGCGAUAACAGCAAUGUAAUAGUUAACGCGUCUACCACUGAUGAGAGUAAUCGAUAUCAACCUAAAGAAGAUGUGGUAUACAAAAGACUAAAAGAUGAAGCCAAGAAAAGAAAAAAUAAGAGAAAGGAAAAAACGAAGAGGAAUAAGAAACCAAGUGAGCCAGCACCAAUUUCCGUUGUUGAUGCUGAUGGUGCCGAUAAUGGGAAAGACUCUGACAACCAAAAAACCGGAGAGGUAUCUGUGAUCCCGGAUAAUGUAAUAAUUCCAACUGGUACUUUACCAAAAUCAACAGUCGAAGAUAAUUCUAAUAAUGCUCCAACCAUUCCAGACACAGUAAAAUUUAGUGACAAUAACCCACAUAAUCCUUCAAAUGAUUGUGAUUUUGGGAGCAGGAAAGUUGAUGAUGUUGUAAGGCGCAUUGAUAGAAGGAUCUUCUCAGAAUCACUUACAAGCGAUUUCAUUAAAGAUAUCGUGCUUCAUGCCAGUCCAUCACUUCAAACAAUUUUGAAAAUUAUCAUGUCUGGUGAAGUCACUGUGAGAAAUGUUCGCGGAAGCUUUUUCAGGUACAUACUAAGAAUAAUAGCGUCGGGAAAAUCACCUAUGAAGAUCUUGAGCAGUUUAGAGUUCGAAAAGGUUCGAUUCAUUACUGAUCUACCUGAUUUACAAAUUGAAGAUGGUGAUUUGGAUAGCCGAAAGGGCGAAUAUAUUAUUAAUUUUGAGGCGUUGAAAUAUUUUGGAUUCAUUACCCUUUGGAUCAUUCACAUGAUGAAGAAGACGAAAUGUUUACGUGAAACUGGACAUUCUAAGAACUUUUUCACCACAAAAUUUUUGACCCAUUCAAGCCUACAACAGCAUAAGGAGUACUUGCCGCACAUUUGGUCGGGCAAAAUCAUUGCUAAUAAAAGGGUCGAACAUAAAGUAAAAGAAUUGACUCACUCAUAUCCUUAUGAUGAGAAGGUGUUCGUUCUAAUAUUACGCUGUUUAAAGAUUAAGUUUGAUUCAAAACACCUUGAUAAGGGAAGUUAG